GCAUUGAAAAUCUCCCCCUAGUAACCCAGUUGAUAACUGCAAAAGUUUCCCCAAAUUUGUAAUUUUUCCAGUUCAAACCUUUUUUUUCCCUGCCAUAGAAAAUAAUUGAGAGAAGACUAAGCCGAAAAAAAUAACGCUUCAACCUUUAACCUCUGCGUUCGGUUGCCCGGCGAUACCCACACACGACAUCAGAGACUCAGUUGGCAGGAAAGGCCAAAGUGAAGUGGUUCUCAUUCUGAGCAGAGGAAUCGUAAGAAAGAAGCACCGGCAGCAGUAUGCCGCCAAAGGGGAAAAAGGGAAAAAAAGGCAAAAAAUUGCCAGUGCUCAUCGAUGGCGUGGACACCUCGGCGAUGACUCGCGACCAGCUGGAGGCUUUUGCCCUCCGGCUAAAAGCGGAAAUGGAUCGGGAGCGAGAGGAGCGUAACUACUUUCAGUUGGAGCGCGAUAAGAUUCGUACUUUCUGGGAGAUCACGCGCCAGCAGCUGGAUGAGACCCGCUAUGAGCUGCAGCAGAAGGACAAGGAGAUCGAGGCCACACAGGAUCUGGCGGAUAUCGACACCAAGCAUGUGAUGCAGCAGAUGAAGCAUCUGCAGUUCGAAAACCACAACCGGCUUGGUGAGGUUCGUGCUGAGGCGAUGACCCAACUGAAGUUGGCGCAGGAGCACCAUGUUCUGCAGGAGAACGAGCUUCAGAGGGACAAGCGCCAGUUGCGCCGGAUGCUUCGCGAAAGAAUGGAGAUGAGCGAGAUGCAGUUGCGCCAAAUGGAGGCUCACUUUAACGAGAAGCUGCUAGAGCAGCGCAUCACCUUCGAACGCGAGCGCAAGGACAACGAGAUGCUCCACGAGGAGAAAAUGAUCGAGCAGAAGGCCAAGCUGGACCUCUUCUACGGGACACAAAUGUUCGAGGUAGAGGAGCGGAAGAACCAGCAGAUAAAAGACCUGCAGGACCACCACGACCUGGCCUUCAACGACAUGAAGAACUACUACAACGACAUCACGCUGAACAAUCUGGCGCUGAUUGGCAGCAUGAAGGAGCAGCUGGAGCAUCUGCGCAAACAGGCGGAGAGAUCUGACCGAAUUGCCGCAGACACGGCAGCCGAGAAUCGGCGACUGAAGGAGCCAUUGGAGCAUGCCAAUAUCCAGUUGAACGAGUAUCGCCGCAAAUUGGAGUUCUACGAGCGGGACAAGCAGCAAUUAAGCCGCCUCAAGACGCGUAACACUCGGCUGGAAAAGAAGGUGAAGGGUCUUACUUGGGAGGCGGAAACUCUGAUCCUGCGAAACGACUCUCUGGUGGCCGAACGGGAAGGACUCAAGGAGCGCUUCAACGACGUGAUUGUGGAGCUGCAGCAGAAGACCGGGCUGAAGAAUGUCCUUCUGGAACGCAAGAUUGCCGCUUUAAUGCGCGAGGAUGAGAAGCGCAGCAUUGUCCUACACGAAACGAUCGCCACAUGCGCCCCCAAUUUCGCCGAAAAGCUGACCAGCUUGGACGAACGGGUGGGCAACAUCAUCGAUGAGAAGAACAAGAUCAUCCUUGACCUGCGCUAUGAGGUAGCCAAGGCCCGGAAGGCCCACGACGAUCUCCUGGAGACCUACGAGUGCAAGCUCAAACAGUAUGGUGUGCCCACCGACGAGCUGGGCUUCAAGCCCAUUAGGGAUCGGGACCAACAGCAGCUGUACGUGUGCGGUCCUGCGGGGAUAAUCACCGAGAAUAAGUAGAAUCUGCAGAAGAAAAACGUCGCAUUCAUAAGUCUGAUCACAAACAUAUUUGGAGGUGGGAAAGACAAGGGUGGUACUUGAACUCAAAACCAGAAGAAACUAAUCCUGAACUCCAGAACUGAAACUUCGGACAUACCGUCGCCAGAUUAUAUUACAAAGCAAAGUAAAGGGGAUCAGCUUAAAACUCUAGAAGGAAGAAGGCAAAAAAACUAUCGAAUUAUAUUUUUAACAAAUGAAAAAAAAGCAAUAUCAUGGAUUAAAAGGAGAGGCAAGAUGGAACUGAUUUCACUUGAUGAUCAUAAAAAGAAAAGACUAUAAAACGUAAAUGGGGAAUUUAAUAAACAACAAAACGAGGAGGAAAAGCCAAUAAAGAAUCCCGCCUUUGUAGGCACAGAAAAUGUAAAUUGUUAGUGCUGUUGAGAACUUUAAGAAUUUAUUCAUUCUGUGCCUACCUGAAGUGUAUUAAUUAAAUUCUCCUCAAAAAUUAUAUGGAAGCAAUAAAACUUAUACCAACGAA